CACACACACACACACACACUCACACACACUCUCUACUUUUUCUUAUGUGUUUUUUUUUAGCAGUAGUGUCAUCAGCUCCUGGGUUUAAAUACUGCCACACCACCCUUCUUAAAACGAGGAACAGUUUUGAGCUGUGUGUGGCUAAAAUAACCAGACAUUCUGCAUUUUUCCAAUAGGACUACAAAAAAUCUUAGCGAGAAGAAAAAAUGGCGGAUUGGCUCUGUGUUUAGCAAGGGCCAUUACCAUAUUUGGUAGUUAUCCUGACGAAAUAAAUUUUUAACGUAAUAGAUAAUUUGAAAAACUGAACGGGUGGACAAAUAUGUCCAAAACUUAAUUAUUAAAUAUCUAAAUAGCUACUCCAGUGAGUAAUAUAAGCCUUUUUGCUCACAUAGACACUUAAAAUGUGAAACACUGUGUUAACGGAUAAAAAAGUGGGUUUUUCAUGUUAUGUCUCCUUUAAAAGUUAAAAUGAUGAUCAGGUUUAUGGGAAUAAUAAAACUAAUUGUGGCUGUGGGGAAUUAAAACAAAAGUACAAAUAACUAGGGAUGUCCCACUGGGCAAAGAUUACUGGGUUCUGGACCAAAAUAAGGAUCUCCAAAGGUCCAAACUCUAAACAGGGUGGUUAAACCAAACUCAAGGUGAUAUAUUUUAAACUAAACCGAAAACCCACAACACACACAAAAACUAAAAAAAAGCAUAAAAUGGGAUAUUUUGCCAGACUCUUGACAUAUCCAAGGCUGAUUUAAAAAAAGUUUUUUCAGUCACUCAAAAUAUGUUUUAUGAAAAAUAUCUCCUCUUUUGUCUGCUUUUUUCAUGAAAAAUGAGCAUCACAUAAUCAAAUUGGCAUAUAAAGGGUUAAGAUUUAGAUAAAUAUUCAAUAUUUGAUUAUUUUCGAUCAGGACUGAAGUUGAUCCCAAGAUUUAGACCCAAAAAGCAGAUUUUUUUUUUUAAUUUGGACCAUUUUCAAAGCAGUUUUAAAAGUGGACGUUUUUGUCCUAUAAUGGCUUGACUGUAUAUAUGUAUAUAGUAAAUUUUUAAUCUGUUGCUAUAUAAAAACUAUAAAUGCAAAAAAUUCAAAAUUUUAGAUAAUUCAUAACAUAAUCAAGACUGAUUUGUUCUAAACACCCCAGACAAAUAACUCUUUUUUUUAGGAAAUAACAGUUUUAGUGGUUUUUCUUUUUCUUUCUUUCUUUCUUUCUUUCGUUCGUUCGUUCGUUCGUUCGUUUAUUUGUUUGUUUAUUUGUUUAUUUAUUCAUAAAUUACAUCAAUGCCUUUGAGUAUUCAAACUGGCAUUUCAGGGGUUAAAAGCUUCAAAAUGAUUGAAUUUUUUUAUGUUUGAGCAGGGCUGAAGUUGUUAAACAGAUCUAUGAAAAAAAAGUUAAAAAAAAACAUUAAUGUAUACAUUUUUAUAGCCACUUUUACAAGCGGAUGUUUUUGUCCUCUAAUGACUCUUGUAUGAAAAUUAAAGUGAAGCCUGAGGGUUAAGGCUCAUAUGAUUUAUAGAGGCUCAAAGUUCAGUUUCCAAUUGUAAAUACAUUUCAUUCUACUGUCAGUUUAAAGAAAUAAUACAACUGUUAUAUGUGUGAAAACACAGUUACAGCUGUCUGUAAUUCACAUAAUAUGUUUCUGUGUUUCCUACAGAUUUUCAACAGAUGGUUCUGGUUAAAUAAGAAGCUUCAGAAGAACAGAGUGCUCGUGUCAACCACCAGCACCUAGAUUUUCUCCACAAAAAGGAGGAACAGGAGAAACUCUGGUCUAGUAUGGAGGGAGAGCAUCUCCAUUUGAAUAAGGAGACUGAUGCUGCCAGGAUUCAAUCCUUUAGCCAAAAAACACAUUUAAACAAACACACGAGAGUCCAGACAAAGCAGAAACAUUUUGCCUGUGAGCACUGUGGACAAAGGUUUCACCAAAAGACUAAUUUAACCACACACAUGAGCAUCCACACAGGAGAGAAGCCUUUUGCUUGUGAGCUCUGUGGAACGAGAUUUAGCCGAAAGACAACUUUAAACAGACACAUGAGAGUCCACACAGGAGAGAAGCCCUUUCCUUGUGAGCUCUGUGGAACGAGAUUUAGCCAAAAGACAAAUUUAAACAAUCACAUGAGCGUCCACACAGGAGAGAAGCCUAUUGCCUGUGAGCUCUGUGGACAAAGAUUUAGCCAAAAAGGGUCUUUAGAUGAACACAUGAAAGUCCACACAGGAGAGAAGCCUUUUGCCUGUGAGCUAUGUGGACAAAGAUUUAGCCGAAAAGGGUCUUUAGAUGAACACAUGAGAGUCCACACAGGAGAGAAGCCCUUUCCUUGUGAGCUCUGUGGACAAAGAUUUAGCCGAAAAGGGUCUUUAGAUGAACACAUGAAAGUCCACACAGGAGAUAAGCCUUUUGCCUGUGAGCUAUGUGGACAAAGAUUUAGCCGAAAAGGGUCUUUAGAUGAACACAUGAGAGUCCACACAGGAGAGAAGCCCUUUCCUUGUGAGCUCUGUGUAAAAAGAUUUAGCCAAAAGACAAAUUUAAACAGUCACAUGAGAGUCCACACUGGACAGAAGCCUUUCGCCUGUGAGCUCUGUGGACAAAGAUUUAGCCGAAAAGGGUCUUUAGAUGAACACAUGAAAGUCCACACAGGAGAGAAGCCUUUUGCCUGUGAGCUAUGUGGACAAAGAUUUAGCCGAAAAGGGUCUUUAGAUGAACACAUGAAAGUCCACACAGGAGAGAAGCCCUUUCCUUGUGAGCUCUGUGUAAAAAGAUUUAGCCAAAAGACACAUUUAAACACACACAUGAGAGUCCACACUGGACAGAAGCCUUUCGCCUGUGAGCUCUGUGGUAAUAGAUUUAGUGUAAAGGGAAGUUUAAACACACACAUGAGAGUCCACACUGGACAGAAGCUUUUCGCCUGUGAGCUCUGUGGUAAUAGAUUUAGUGUAAAGGGAAGUUUAAACAAACACAUGAGAGUCCACACUGGACAGAAGCCUUUUGCCUGUGAGCUCUGUGUAAAAAGAUUUCGCCAAAAGUCAACUUUAAACAGACACAUGAGAGUCCACACAGGUAUUUCGCCUGUGAGUUCAGUGGAAAAGAUUUACCCAAAAGAUCAGUUUAAACGGUCACAAAAGAGUCCAUAAAGGACAGAAGCCUUUUGCUUGUGAGCUCUGUGGACGAAGAUUUAGCUGAAAGAAAUCUUUAAACAAUCAUCUAAGCAUCCACUAGGGCUGAACGAUCUAUUGCAGGGGUCUCCAACAUUUUUUGGCCCGUGGGCUACUUUUACACAAUGAAGUACAGCAGAGCUACUGCCAUAUGAUUUAUUUACAUUGGUACUUUACAUGUGUGAAUGUGCUUAUGUUAAACAUGCUAUACUUACUAUAUUAACAUGCAUUGUACUCACAAGUUGAUUUCUCUGUAUUUCAGUACAUCAGUAUAUAUAUUUUUUAAAAGUAUCAGUAAACUAGUGACAUUCUGAAAACCAAAUUAAACAAAACAUAUUUAGUUUUUUAAACUAAUCAGAUACUUUCAGAUAAUGAAUAACAAAUCUACUUCAUGUGAAUGAUUUGGUAAUUUUUUUAGAAGUUAGUAACAUAAUUUUUUAAGCGCACAUGAACAGCUAACCUGUAAAACUGAUGAUAUUUUAAAUAAAAUACACGCUAAA